AUGGCAGCCACCGUGGGAAGCUCAUUCUUCAAGGGCGAGACUGGUCGUAACACCAGAGGUUUGCUGCGACUGGUCAUCCUCGUCACAAUUGCAGCAACCGCCGUGGCCUCUCGUCUCUUCUCCGUUAUCCGCUUUGAGAGCAUCAUUCACGAAUUCGACCCCUGGUUCAACUUCCGCGCAACCAAGUACCUCGUUCAGAAUGGCUUCUCGAGCUUCUGGGACUGGUUCGACGACCGCACAUGGCACCCCCUUGGCCGUGUCACCGGCGGUACCCUCUACCCUGGCCUCAUGGUCACCAGCGGUGCCAUCUGGCACCUCCUCCGCCUCUUGACCUUCCCCGUCGACAUUCGCAACAUCUGUGUCAUGCUCGCUCCCGCCUGCUCUGGCUUGACCGCCUUUGCCAGUUACCUCCUGACCUCUGAGAUGUCCGACUCGCCCUCAGCUGGCCUCCUUGCCGCCAUCUUCAUGGGCAUCGCCCCCGGUUACAUCUCGCGUUCCGUCGCUGGAAGUUACGACAACGAAGCCAUUGCCAUCUUCCUCCUCGUCUUCACCUUCUACCUCUGGAUCAAGAGUGUCAAGCAGGGCUCCGUCAUGUGGGGUGCUUUCACUGCCCUCUUCUACGGAUACAUGGUCUCGGCCUGGGGUGGUUACGUCUUCAUCACCAACUUGCUUCCUCUCCAUGUCUUCGUCCUACUGUGCAUGGGUAGAUACAGCCCUCGUCUGUACGUCAGCUACACCACCUGGUACUCUCUGGGCACGCUUGCGAGCAUGCAGAUUCCCUUUGUCGGUUUCUUGCCUAUCCGCAACAGUGACCACAUGGCUGCUCUCGGUGUCUUCGGUCUUCUCCAGCUUGUCGGUUUCGUCGAGUUUGUGCGCCAGACUCUGCCAAGCAAGCAGUUCCAGACCCUGCUCCGUGCCUUCGUCCUGGUCGUCUUCCUCGCAGCAUUCGGAGUCCUCGUUCUCCUUACCUUCUCUGGAGUCGUUGCACCAUGGAGUGGUCGUUUCUACUCGCUCUGGGAUACUGGAUACGCCAAGAUUCACAUUCCCAUCAUCGCAUCCGUGUCUGAGCACCAGCCUACCGCCUGGCCUGCCUUCUUCUUCGAUCUCAACUUGUUGAUCUGGCUGUUCCCUGCUGGUGUCUACAUGUGCUUCCGCAACCUGAAGGAUGAGCAGGUCUUUGUUGUCAUCUACGCCGUCCUGGCCAGUUACUUCGCCGGUGUCAUGGUCCGUCUGAUGCUUACCCUGACUCCUGUCGUCUGUGUUGCUGCAGCCCUUGCUCUUUCCCAGAUUCUUGACACCUUCCUUGUUACCAAGACUCCUGUCGCACCCUCAGCUCAGGCCAACGGCAACAACGACAUCGCCAAGACUGCUGCUUCCCUAAUCCCUGACACUCUGCGCUCUACCCAAAAGCCUCUUGUCGGUAUCUACUCGACCUUCUCCAAGUUCGCCAUGACUGGUACCAUCACCGCCUACCUUCUGCUCUUUGUUCUCCACUGCACUUGGGUUACCUCAAAUGCCUACUCAUCCCCUUCGGUUGUCUUGGCUUCCAGAAUGGCCGACGGCUCGCAGCACAUUAUCGAUGAUUACCGCGAGGCCUACUACUGGCUCCGUCAGAACACCGAGCAGAAUGCCAAGAUCAUGUCUUGGUGGGAUUACGGUUACCAGAUUGGAGGUAUGGCCGACCGUCCUACCCUUGUCGACAACAACACCUGGAACAACACCCACAUUGCCACUGUCGGCAAGGCCAUGAGCUCGCGCGAGGAAGUCAGUUACCCCAUCAUGAGACAGCACGAAGUCGACUACGUCCUCGUUGUCUUUGGUGGUCUUAUUGGCUACUCUGGUGACGAUAUCAACAAGUUCUUGUGGAUGGUCCGUAUCGCCGAAGGUAUCUGGCCUGAUGAGAUCAAGGAGCGUGAUUACUUCACCGCUCGUGGCGAGUACCGCAUUGACGACCAAGCUUCCGACACCAUGAAGAACAGCUUGAUGUACAAGAUGUCGUACUACAACUACAACUCCCUCUUCCCUGCUGGCCAGGCUACCGACCGCGUUCGUGGUUCCAAGCUCCCCGCUGAGGGUCCCGAGCUCUCGACUUUGGAGGAAGCUUUCACCAGUGAGAACUGGAUCAUCAGAAUCUACAAGGUCAAGGACCUUGACAACCUCAACAGAGACCACCAAAGCGCCAUGGCAUUUGAGAAGGGCAACAAGAGAAAGAAGACUAGUAAGCGCAAGGGACCUAGAGUCCUACGUGUUGACUAG